UAAUUGGCCUGACCUACAAUAUAUUGUUUAAGAUACUAUAAAGAGAAUACUUUUUAAUUUCUUAAUAAAGCAUUUGCUGGAGUUUUGCGUCAAACAACCUUACAUUCCCACACAUUGCCGUAGUACUUCCUCAAAACUUCCGUUAUCUCCAAAAUCUUUGCUAGGAGGUGCUUCAAUGCUUAGACUUGUAUUUUCUGUGUUGUGUUGCUUGUAAAUCCCUUUCCAUGACACAAGUCCCUUGAAAUGGCUCAACAAGAAGUUGAUUCCAAAGUUGGUGAUUUGACGUCUAAAAAUCGUGAAGCAGGCCUAUCUGUUCAGGAUAAACAACUCCCCCCUGUGCCCGUGAAGAAGACGCCACUUCGGGACCUUCAAAAUGAAAACAAUAUUGUAGCUCAAAAAGGCUCUAGCAAUCCUCUUAUUCUAAAAGAAGUAGUUGUCACAGAAGUUCUGAAAGUUUCAGGUGUCAAACGACCUUCUCCCGACUCCCCUAUGAGUCCUCAUCAGCAAUCUUCUAGUAAUAGUGGUGCAAAUAGUCAUCUUGUGUAUGUUCGUCGGAAGUCUGAAGCUGAAACUGGAAAAGUCAGUAACAAUGAGGCUUCAGCUGACAAUGACAAUUCUUCCCAGCCAAGUCAGCUUGGCAUUCAAGAAGACGGGCUUCAGUCAAAGUCACCCCAGAUGCUACCUUCCCAAAAUCCUGCCUGUGCUAUGAGUGUUCCUUCGGUGAAACCUUCCGUUCCCCUAUAUCUUGAAAAUUCCGAUACCAAAAUGUCUUUUGAAGAACUGAAGACACAGGCAGUUCCAUCUGCUAUCACUUCGCCAGUUGAAGCAAGAGACAAAGAGCAAAAUUGUGAGGAGAGAUAUGUUCAACUGCAGAUGUACCUGAAGAAGUUAGACCAAUCUAGCCUAGAGGAUCAUCUUCAAUUGCUUCGCUCCUUUUCAGCUGCUGAACUUAGCAGACAUGCUGUUGAACUGGAAAAACGAGCAAUUCAGCUUUCUCUGGAACAAGGGAAAGAGCUACAGCGCGUCAAAGCUCUGAAUGUGCUCGGCAAAAAACUGGCAGCUUCAAUUCAACAACAAACACAGCAGCCGAUUUAACUGAAAGUCUUUUCAUGUACCUGUUAUUUGGUUGUCUGUCUGUUCUUCAAGGUCUCGGGCUGUUGACACGAAAAAUUGUCACUUUAGGAUUACGUCUCAGUAGCAUCUGUUACAAUCGUAAAAACUAAAAUGUGGUAUAAUUAUUUUACAUUACCAGU